GCGUGAUGUUAACAAACGAGGGCUGUGUCACAGAGACAGAUAGUAGGACAUACAUGUGGUAGUUUGAGGUUAUUUCGUGCCCUGUGUCACUGAUACAGAUAGUAGGACAUACAUGUGGUAGUUUGAGGUUAUUUCGUGCCCUAUGUCACUGAGGAUUUUGAUGAUGUGUUCGAAAGGAUUAUUAAUGUCGCUGGCUAGCGCUGCUGUUGGCCUGUGUGUUUUUGAGUAAUAAAGAACUCGGUUAUUGAACGUCUGCUACGCAUGGACUUGGCUGAGUGGUUGGUGCUCCAUGAUUGUCAACCUGUGUACACCAGUGCAUACUUGUGAACGGUGAGACGUAGUCCACACCAAGGGUACACGUCGUAACAACAGUAGUAACGCCUAGACAUAACAUAACAACACUAGGAACACCUAGGCGUAACAUAACAACAGUAGGAACACCUAGGCGUAACAUAACAACACUAGGAACACCUAGGCGUAACAUAACAACAGUAGGAACACCUAGGCGUAACAUAACAACAGUAGGAACACAUAGACGUAACAUAACAGUAGGAACACCUAGACGUAACAUAACAACAGUAGGAACACCUAGACGUAACAUAACAACAGUAGGAACACCUAGGCGUAACAUAACAGUAGGAACACAUAGACGUAACAUAACAGUAGGAACACCUAGGCGUAACAUAACAACAGUAGGAACACAUAGACGUAACAUGACAGUAGGAACACCUAGACGUAACAUAACAACAGUAGGAACACAUAGACGUAACAUAACAGUAGGAACACCUAGGCGUAACAUAACAACAGUAGGAACACAUAGACGUAACAUAACAGUAGGAACACCUAGACGUAACAUAACAACAGUAGGAACACAUAGACGUAACAUAACAACAGUAGGAACACAUAGACGUAACAUAACAACAGUAGGAACACCUAGGCGUAACAUAACAGUAGGAACACAUAGACGUAACAUAACAGUAGGAACACAUAGACGUAACAUAACAGUAGGAACACCUAGACGUAACAUAACAACAGUAGGAACACAUAGACGUAACAUAACAACAGUAGGAACACAUAGACGUAACAUAACAACAGUAGGAACACCUAGGCGUAACAUAACAGUAGGAACACAUAGACGUAACAUAACAGUAGGAACACAUAGACGUAACAUAACAGUAGGAACACAUAGACGUAACAUAACAGUAGGAACACAUAGACGUAACAUAACAGUAGGAACACAUAGACGUAACAUAACAACAGUAGGAACACAUAGACGUAACAUAACAGUAGGAACACAUAGACGUAACAUAACAACAGUAGGAACACAUAGACGUAACAUAACAACAGUAGGAACACAUAGACGUAACAUAACAGUAGGAACACCUAGACGUAACAUAACAACAGUAGGAACACAUAGACGUAACAUAACAACAGUAGGAACACAUAGACGUAACAUAACAGUAGGAACACAUAGACGUAACAUAACAACAGUAGGAACACCUAGGCGUAACAUAACAGUAGGAACACAUAGACGUAACAUAACAACAGUAGGAACACAUAGACGUAACAUAACAGUAGGAACACAUAGACGUAACAUAACAACAGUAGGAACACAUAGACGUAACAUAACAACAGUAGGAACACAUAGACGUAACAUAACAGUAGGAACACCUAGACGUAACAUAACAACAGUAGGAACACAUAGACGUAACAUAACAACAGUAGGAACACAUAGACGUAACAUAACAGUAGGAACACAUAGACGUAACAUAACAACAGUAGGAACACCUAGGCGUAACAUAACAGUAGGAACACAUAGACGUAACAUAACAACAGUAGGAACACAUAGACGUAACAUAACAGUAGGAACACAUAGACGUAACAUAACAACAGUAGGAACACAUAGACGUAACAUAACAAUAGGAACACAUAGACGUAACAUAACAACAGUAGGAACACAUAGACGUAACAUAACAACAGUAGGAACACAUAGACGUAACAUAACAGUAGGAACACAUAGACGUAACAUAACAGUAGGAACACCUAGGCGUAACAUAACAGUAGGAACACAUAGACGUAACAUAACAGUAGGAACACCUAGGCGUAACAUAACAGUAGGAACACCUAGGCGUAACAUAACAGUAGGAACACAUAGACGUAACAUAACAGUAGGAACACAUAGGCGUAACAUAACAACAGUAGGAACACAUAGACGUAACAUAACAGUAGGAACACAUAGACGUAACAUAACAGUAGGAACACAUAGACGUAACAUAACAGUAGGAACACAUAGACGUAACAUAACAGUAGGAACACCUAGGCGUAACAUAACAGUAGGAACACAUAGACGUAACAUAACAGUAGGAACACAUAGACGUAACAUAACAAUAGUAGGAACACAUAGACGUAACAUAACAGUAGGAACACAUAGACGUAACAUAACAGUAGGAACACAUAGACGUAACAUAACAGUAGGAACACAUAGACGUAACAUAACAACAGUAGGAACACAUAGACGUAACAUAACAGUAGGAACACAUAGACGUAACAUAACAGUAGGAACACCUAGGCGUAACAUAACAACAGUAGGAACACCUAGGCGUAACAUAACAACAGUAGGAACACAUAGACGUAACAUAACAGUAGGAACACCUAGGCGUAACAUAACAACAGUAGGAACACCUAGGCGUAACAUAACAACAGUAGGAACACCUAGGCGUAACAUAACAGUAGGAACAACUAGGUGUAACAUAACAACAGUAGGAACACCUAGGCGUAACAUAACAACAGUAGGAACACCUAGACGUAACAUGUGGUACUAGAUCGGAAUAUUUUAAAGAUUAUUUUUUUUUUAAUAGGGGAGUUAAAGGCUGUUGGGGGUAGGAGAGGUGGGGGAAAUUCGAUAAAGGUUUUCUGUAUGAAGGAUGGUGGGGUAAUAUGCAAUGAAGAUUGGGUGUGGCGUGGUGGGGAACACAUCGAUGAAAUACAGCAAAGCAUAUUACAAACUAUGUUGAAUUACAGUGUUGCAUUAAACAUCAUGAUGUGUUACAUACUAGCACCACACAUCAUGUUGUGUUACAUACUAACACCACACAUCAUGAUGUGUUACAUUCUAGCACCACACAUCAUGUUGUGUUACAUACUAGCACCACACAUCAUGUUGUGUUACAUACUAACACCACACAUCAUGAUGUGUUACAUUCUAGCACCACACAUCAUGUUGUGUUACAUACUAGCACCACACAUCAUGCUGUGUUACAUACUAGCAUCACUCAUCAUGAUGUGUUGCAUACUAGCAUCACACAUCAUGUUGUGUUACAUACUAGCAGCAAACAUCAUGAUGUGUUAUAUACUAGCAACACACAUGAUGUGUUACAUACUAGAACCACACAUCAUGUGUUACAUACUAUAAAUACACAUCAUGAUGUGUUACAUACUAGCAACACACGACAUGAUGUGUUACAUACUAGCACCACAUAUCAUGUAGCGUUACAUACUGGCACCACACAUGAUGUGUUACAUACAAGCACCACACAUCACGUGUUAUAUACUAGCACCACACAUCAUGUGUUACAUACUAGCACCACAUUUCAUGAUGUGUUACAUGCUAGCACCACUGAUCACGUGUUACAUACUAGUACCACAAAUCAUGUUGUGUUACAUAAUAGCACCACACAUCAUGUUGUGUUACAUACUAGCACCACACAUCAUGAUGUGUUACAUACUAGCACCACACAUCAAGAUGUGUUACCUACUAGCACCACACAUGAUGUUGUGUUACAUACUAGCACCACACGUUAUGUUUAGUUGCCGUUGGCUAUGCUGCUCGUUGAAUGUAGUUUGUCUCAAUAGCAACAACUGCACAAUUCUAAACGAAAAAAUUUCCACCACAAUCAAAACCUUAUCCAUAAACAAUAUUGGAAACACAAACAUAAAACAUAAAACAUAAAAAUUGUCAACAAUUUUAAUAAAUAAUUACAAGACAUAAAUGUAAACGCAAACAUAAACGCCAACACGAUCCCAAACACGAUAUCAAACACGAUAUCAAACACAAUAUCAAACACAAUAUCAAACACAAUAUCAAACACAAUAUCAAACACAAUAUCAAACACAAUAUCAAAUACAAUAUCAAACACGAUAUCAAACACAAUAUCAAACACAAUAUCAAAUACAAUAUCAAACACGAUAUCAAAUACAAUAUCAAACACGAUAUCAAACACAAUAUCAAACACAAUAUCAAAUACAAUAUCAAACACGAUAUCAAACACAAUAUCAAACACAAUAUCAAACACAAUUUCAAAUACAAUAUCAAACACGAUAUCAAACGCAAUAUCAAACACAAUGUCAAACACAAUAUCAAAUACAAUAUCAAACACGAUAUCAAACACAAUCUCAAAGACAAUAUCAAACACGAUAUCAAAUAAAAUAUCAAACACAAUAUCAAACACAAUAUCAAACACAAUCUCAAACACAAACACAGGCUGAAAUGUUGGCGAUCACUUUCCUUGAAUCCAUUUGUUUGCCAACCUCCAAAGUAGCCACUGGUCAAACCUCAAAGUAGCCACUGGUCAAACCUCCAAAGUAGCCACUGGCCAAACCCGAACAGGCCGAAUUUUUUUUUUUUUAAAUGCUGUUUUUUUUUUCAAAUGAACAGGAGACAAAAGUUUCCAUUUGUUUGGACCAUAAAUAACUACUGUCAAGGGGUCAGAAGACGGGGGUUCUAAAAUUAAUCAAGAUAUACCCUACUUGAGGCGUGUUGCUUGUUAUUGAUCUUGUGAAGUCAUUGAUUCUGAUUUUUAUCUGUGGAAAUUUAGCGAGAAAUGUAUGAGAAAAAAAAAGCAGAAGCCCAUAAAUAAACCGUCGGGGCUCUUUUAAAGGAAAAAAAACGAAUCGUGCUGGCGCGUUAAAAACAGUCUGGGGACCACUGUGCAGGUUUUUACAAAGUUGAUAUCACGUAAGGUUAUUUUGAAACAACUAAUUAUUUAACACAAACAUGUUGUUUUAGCGGUUUAACAGCCCGAGCUUGCUGUCUUGCUCAAUGUUUUAUCAAUAUUCCCAAUGAGGUACGUGAUUUAAUGAUAUUAACAAGCCAUUGACAGACCUGACAUUGACAGAAUUGACAUUGAGAGGACUGACAUUGACAGAAAUGACAUUGACAGAAUGAGAACUGACAUUGACAGAAAUGACAUUGACAGAAUGAAAACUGACAUUGACAGAAAUGACAUGGACAGAAAUGACAUGGACAGAACUGACAUUGACAGAACUGACAUUGACAGAAAUGACAUCAACAGAACUGAAAAUGACAGAAAUGACAUCAACAGAACUGAAAAUGACAGAAAUGACAUCAACAGAACUGAAAAUGACAGAAAUGACAUCAACAGAACUGAAAAUUACAGAAAUGACAUCAACAGAACUGAAAAUGACAGAAAUGACAUUGACAUAAAAGAAGGGAUACGCCUGAAAUAUGUAUGAAAUCUAAAUCUCAGCUAAUAUGAUGUUAUUUUAGGUUGGGUCCUUAUGAGGAGAAUUUAGGUUAGGUAAAGUUAGACUAAGUUUGGUUAGGGUUAGGGUUAGGUGAGUUGAUGUUAGUUUAUGCUGGGUGAGGUAAGGUUAGCAGAAGCUAGAUCAGACCAGGCUGGGUUAGGGUUAGGGUAGAUGAGGUGAGUCUAGUUUAGGUUAGAUCAGACCAGGCUGGGUUAGGGUAGAUGAGGUGAGUCUAGUUUAAGUUGGCUUAUGUAAGAUUAGGUACAGUGACAUCAGGUUAGGGUUAGGGUUAGGGUAGAUGAGGUGAGUCUAGUUUAAGUUGGCGUAUGUAAGAUUAGGUACAGUGACAUUAGGUUAGGGUUAGGGUUAGGGUAGAUGAGGUGAGUCUAGUUUAAGUUGGCAUAUGUAAUAUUAGGUACAGUGACAUUAGGUUAGGUUAGUUAGGUUAGGGGAGAUUAUGGUAUUUCAGGAUUUCGUUGCCUGAGGAAAGGUUAAGGAAAGUUAUAUUAUGGCGGUUAGGUGAGUUGAGAUGAGGUUAGGUUAAGUUAGGUUAAUAUUAGUUAGUUUAGGUUAGGUUUUGUGGGUAAGUUAAGCUAGAUGAGUAAGUGGAUAUUAGAUUAAGUUGGGUAGUUAUAAGGUAAGUUAAUUUAUAUGAGUUAAGGUUAGCAGAAGAUAGAUUAGGUUAAGUUGUUUAGGUUAGUUGAGACGAGUUGGAGUGAGGUUAGGCUUCAGUGUUUGGUUAGACAUUGCACUCUAUUGCAGCGUGAAGCUAACUCUCUCUCUUUCUCUACCUCCCCCUCUCUCUACCUCCAUCUCUCUCUAACUCCCUCUCUCCACCUUCUUCUUCUUCAUCUAUAUCUUAAGGGCCCACGAUCAAUUUAUUGAUCAUUUUGGCUCCUAUGCAUGUAGUUGGGAUUUGCAAUUUCCCUCUGUCUCUACCUCCCUCUCUCUCUACCUCCCUCUAUCUCCCUACCUCCCUGUCUCUCUCUCUCUCUCUCUCUCAUAUUUACUUCAGUUGGUGAGUUGGUGACGUCAUUUGACACCGACAUAAAUAUUGGCGUCAGUUGACACGGUCUAAGACAUUGACACCAUACCCUCCCUCCAAUAUUGACGUCAGUUGACACGGUCUAAGACAUUGACACCAUACCCUCCCUCCAAUAUUGGCGUCAGUUGACACGGUCUAAGAUAUUGACACCAUACCCUCCCUCCCAAUAGAGGACAAAAGCUUUUUAAUUUAGAUCUUUUCUUGACAACGGACUUCAAAAAGAAACUACUCUCAACAUUUAUAAAAACUAACUAAAAGACUUUUGCAAAUACCUGAAUCAAUAACCAUGGACAAAGGCGGAUCUGACCUUUCGUUUCAUUUGUUGCCCCCAGUGCUGUGAUAACAUGUCUGCUUGUAGUCUGCGUGGCGGUAGAAGCGGCUCUGACAGCUUAUCUUUCCAUUAGGUACACCCCACCUGUCCUGUACUUCAACAUACAAGGUAAAUUACUCAUGUUGUAGUUGCUACUGAAUACAUUAACAAAUAAACGGCGAUUGCUGUAAAGAACUGUUAAAAUACAUUCUAAGACAAUGAUUGCAGGGGUAAAAUUGUGGAGCUAUGGUGUAAAUAACUGUCAAAAUACAUUCUAAGACAAUGAUUGCAGGGGUAAAACUGUGGAGUUAUUUGCGGAACAUGUUUGCCUGGGUUGGGAGGAGGAAAAAAAUUGUAAUGAAAUUUUUGUUAAGAGAUACGAAUUGAAAUAAGCGAUCAACAUGGCAUUGGGGUGGAACAUGACAUUAGUGUUAAUAUGACGUCUGCGCCAGGACGAACGGUAGAGACAUUGAGUUGCAUAGCAGGGAAUCUGGUUGUUAGACAACUAGAGAACCCAGAGGGUCGUCUGCUCAAAAUCUAUAAGUCGCAGUUACGCUGCAGUGCGUAAGCUCGGGAAAAUAGUAAUGUUCUCGUCCUGCCUUCGAACACACGCUGUGGGUGGAGCUUCAAGGGCUGUAGAAAGUAGAUGGCUAGUUGAAACAUUGGAAGAAGGUAACGGUUGUUGGAGGGGGGGGUUGAGGGGUAGCGAUUAGGCAGAUCAAUGUCAAUCACGCCCUUCACGUGUGAAUAACAUCCCUUGAAAGUAAGCCUUUGAAUCGGUGGCGAAGCUAGAAUUAGGGCUGUUAGGGACGGUUCAAGGAUUUUGCCGAAUCCCCCCUCACCCUCCCCCCACCCCCCGACCAUCGACGAAAAAUCUCUUCAUUUGGGCAAAAAUGUCGCGUGUUGAUAAUCAAGAAAAAAUGCCACAUGACCGGAACUUUUUUUAAAGAUGCAUUACAAACAGGAGGCUUUUCAAUGUCUGAUCUCACUACAUGUCACUUGUCAAUGUCUGAUCUCACUACAUGUCACUUGUCAAUGUCUGAUCUCACUACAUGUCACUUGUCAAUGUCUGAUCUCACUACAUAUCACUUGUCAAUGUCUGAUCUCACUACAUAUCACUUGUCAAUGACUGAUCUCACUACAUCUCAUGUGUCAAUGUCUGAUCUCACUACAUCUCAUGUGUCAAUGUCUGAUAACACUAACAUCUCAUGUGUCAAUGUCUGAUAUCACUAACAUCUCAUGUGUCAAUGUCUGAUAUCACGAUAUCUCACGUGUCAAUGUCUGAUAUCACGAUAUCUCAUGUGUCAAUGUCUGAUAUCACAUCUCAUGUGUUAAUGUCUGAUAUCACUACGUCUCACUUGUCAAUGUCUCAUAUCACUAUGUCUCAUUUUUUUUUCAAAGGCAACGACAGAGACCCGGCCGCUGUAAAGUUUCAUUACACUAUCGGUGACAAAGCUUAUCACGGCGCAGGCGUGAAGACAAGUAAGUCAGUCUCAAAGCUCCACGACCUGUAAGACAUCUCUAGACCUUUUUUUUUUUUCUUUUUUUUUUUGUUAAUAUAUUUUUUUCCCUCUCAAUCAACUAACUUGAUGUUUGGAAAGUUUUCCAUUAAUUUCUUUUUUGUAUUUGUUUCUAAGCAAUCACCUUUAGCGUGUAGCCAUUAAGAGAAUAGUGAAGCUUGUUGUUGAGUUUAUGUACUUUUUUUUUUUUUUUUUUUUUUUUGUUAAUAUAUUUUUUUCCCUCUCAAUCAACUAACUUGAUGUUUGGAAAGUUUUCCAUUAAUUUCUAUUUUGUAUUUGUUUCUAAGCAAUCACCUUUAGCGUGUAGCCAUUAAGAGAAUAGUGAAGCUUGUUGUUGAGUUUAUGUGAGAUCUUAGUGAUAGCCUGUGGCUUUUGUUCGGAGUUCACCUUUACAGUAGUACAAUAUCAUGGAUACUCAUUAUGUCUGAAGCAGACUUGUCUUUGUUUAUAAUCAUAAUGUCUGAAGCAGACUGUCUUUGCUUAUAAUCAUAAUGUCUGAAGCAGACUUGUCUUUGUUUAUAAUCAUAAUGUCUGAAGCAGACUUGUCUUUGUUUAUAAUCAUAAUGUCUGAAGCAGACUCGUCUUUGUUUAUAAUCAUAAUUUCUGAAGCAGACUCGUCUUUGUUUAUAAACAUAAUGUCUGAAGCAGACUUUUUCUUUGUUUAUAUUCAUAAUGUCUGUAGCCGCGUGAUGAAACAAAUGUUUAUUUGGCCGACAUGUCUUCGGUGGCCGGUCUUCAUCACGCCAUCCCGACAUGUCUUCGGUGGCCGGUCGUCAUCACGCCAUCCCGACAUGUCUUCGGUGGCCGGUCGUCAUCACGCCAUCCCUCCAAAAAGAGGGCGUAUGCAUCAGCUGUGUCCAAGAUGGAGGGUGUGCAUUUUCGUUGGUUGAUGCCUAAUAUGCCCAAGUUAAAAAUUAGAAGUUUUACGGUCCCAAGAGCGUUGAAAACAUAAUGAGCCGUCCAUAAAGAUCAACCCGCUCCUGAUGGUAGAAGGGUGUGGAAGAAAGUGUGACCCCCCACCCCCACCCCCCCCCCAACCCCGGGGUGGUGAGGCAAAAAUCUUACAUAACUCACACAUAUUAAAAUUAUUUUUUUUCAUCAGCUACUAAUUUUUAAACAUUUUCUGUUUUUUAAUUCGGAAAGUGUAACUUAAUUUCGGGGGGGGGGGGUGACCAAGAUUUGUAACAGAUUGCGACGGUCAGAGAGGGAGGGGUAAACAUUGAUAAAAUAGUGUGACGUACCAUACGGUUGGCCUCUUGACCACAUUGAUUCUAAAGACAACUUGGAAAUACCUCCAAACACUAUGAUAAAACUGAACCAAAGAAGAAGAGAUGCAAUCGAAUCCCUUGCAGUGAAACGUCUGCAGUGAAACGCCUGCAGGGAAACGCCUGCAGUGAAACGCCCCUGAAGAGAUCUUCGGAUAUAUAGAAAAAAAAUCGUGUCGGUUACAAGUGCUGUAUGGACAAAUUAUCCAGAUCAGUUGCCGACGACAAAUUAUAAAAUGCACUACUAAAAAUAACCAAUUUAAUCUUAGAACACAAUCAAAGUUUAUUGUUUCCCGUACGUAGCGGAAGGCUGGCAGUACCAGACGCGUGAUGUUGACUUGAACGGUGCUGACCAUGUUGUAGUCCACGCCGUCCUCUACACCAGUGAGGGCUACAUCCUCGAGACCACCGACAGGGUCACACUUGAACUCGGUAAGUGAGCAAAACAAAUCUGCUCCCUACUGAAGAUAUUAUGGAUGAAUGGGUUGUGCCAUCUUAUUUGAACGAACUUUUAUUAUAACCAGGCUUUGCGGUUUUUUCCAUUCCACCCUUUCAUAUUUUGUUAAUGAGUUCAUCAGAUGUUAAAAAGUUAGUUUAACUGACGUAAGUUCAACUGGCAAUAGUUGUUCGGAAACAUUUUGUCAAACCAUGAUUUCGGAUGGAUGUAGCUUUUUUUUUAAAAUUUUUUUGUAGUAUUGUAUUCUAUCCUGUUACAAAGGUAGCACGUCAUAUCUAUCCACGAUGUCUAUCAUUUUUAUCUACGCAAACAGUGUUUAAACUAUCAUAUAUCUAUCUUCACACAUACAAAAUCCCAUUGUAAAAUCAUUUUUCGAAAUAUUAUACGCUACACGGAAAAGAUUUUUACUACAGUUCAUUGCAAAAUAAAAAAAAACAAUAUUGUCUGCAGUUUCCUUACCAGUGUCAGAACUGGGCUCUGGAUAGAAAAUCUCCAUACAACUCUCGUCAACAGCGAGAUGAGAUGUGUUUCCUAAACUUGGUGUCAUUUGCUGCGGAACACCCAUGACCAUUUCACAUUUCACACACAUUCAGUGCACCACAGCACACCGGUGAACCGCGGCACACCAGCUCUUACGGAGUUCGGCUCAUUACACACCUACAUACAUUUCGUGUUUUAAAUUUACGUUGAGUCACUACUGUACACUGAUCUCACCCCGGUACAUGUUUAUCAGUAUGUGUACACUUCUGUAGCAUUCAAGUCUUCUGUUCUGUCUGUCAGGCAACAACUUUGGGCGUGUGGCACUGCCAGGCAGAAGGAAGAGAGGCGCCGUCAUAUUUAGAGACAAUUUCAAUUUCAUCAACACGGCCAACUGGAGAUAUGAGAUUUCCAUGUUUGGUGGAAUGGUUAGUUUCAAUGUUUGGUGGAAUGCUAUGUGUCAAUGUUUGAUGGAAUGAUAAGUGUCAAUGUUUGAUGGAAUGAUAAGUGUCAAUGUUUGAUGGAAUGAUAAGUGUCAAUGUUUGAUGGAAUGAUAAGUGUCAAUGUUUGAUGGAAUGAAAAGUGUCAAUGUUUGAUGGAAUGAAAAGUGUCAAUGUUUAUGGAAUGAUAAGUGUCAAUGUUUGAUGGAAUGAUAAGUGUCAAUGUUUGAUGGAUGAUAAAUGUCAAUGUUUGAUGGAAUGGUUUGCGUCAAUGUUUGAUGGAAUGGUUUGCGUCAAUGUUUGAUGGAAUGAUAAGUGUCAAUGUUUGAUGGAAUGAUAAGUGUCAAUGUUUGAUGGAUGAUAAGUGUCAAUGUUUGAUGGAAUGGUUUGCGUCAAUGUUUGAUGGAAUGGUUUGCGUCAAUGUUUGAUGGAAUGAUAAGUGUCAAUGUUUGAUGGAAUGAUGAGUGUCAAUGUUUGAUGGAAUGAUGAGUGUCAAUGUUUGAUGGAAUGAUGAGUGUCAAUGUUUGAUGGAAUGAUAAGUGUCAAUGUUUGAUGGAAUGAUAAGUGUCAAUGUUUGAUGGAAUGAUAAGUGUCAAUGCUUGAUGGAAUGUUGGAUCGGAUGCUGAAUUCUAUUUUUAGAUUAUUAAAGACACUUUCUGGGGAAAUACUAUCGGUUCAGAAAUAUUUCUUAUAAACCCACCAAAAGCAACAUUAAAAAAACAAAUCAUUAUUCUUUAUUUUUAGAACUGGGAAUUCCAGGUGUACACCACUGAAGCCAGAAAUACUUUCAUUAGAGAUGGGGAAAUUCUUUAUAUCAAGCCUGUGAGUUGGAUUGAAACUUGUUUAUCAUAAAUAAAUAUUUUUAGAAUUAAAAUAAAAUGCGAUGCUAAAAUUCUGGACAAAAAAUAUUUUUGAAAAAAAAAUAAUACUUGAAAUAGUUUAUAAAAACUCAAAUGUAUUGUUUUGGAAGUUUAUUCAAGAAAGAUGAAUGGAUGUAUUCAAAUUAAGACAAGUCAUUUGAUACGUACGUGUAUAUUUUUUUUCAUAUUUCAACAGACACCAACAACGGAUGACGUCAGAUUCAGUGAGAGCUUUCUUCGUACCGGCAAAAUGGACAUGAAUGGUAAGUGAUAUGUGGCCACCUCCUGUUCAAGAAGAAAAGGAAUCAAAGGGUUAUUCAGUUAUUUUUUUUUAAUACGCACAGACUUUCUUUGCAUAAUGAAUUUGACGAAUUAAAAAAGAUAUAUAUAUAUAUUCUACUACUAAGUGCCUUUAAAAGGCCGCACGCCAGUACGGUUUACUGAACGAAGCAGGCGCGAUAACCAACGAUCAACUGAGCGAAAAGGUCACGUGUGUAAACUCGCAGGAUUCCAUUUUAGUUGGAUUCAUCUCGAGCAGAGCAUGGGAUCAAAAUAGGUCAUUUCAUCCGGAUACAAUUUCUUGUUAAAUAGGUCUUUGUAAGGUCUUUGUUAGUUGUUAUUUGUUCAGCGCUUGUAAGCCUCACAGCAGUGAGCGCCAGGAUUUUCAAAGUAGAAAAACAAGUGUUAGUGCCAAUAUGUAAAUUUGUAAAAACAUCUUAAACUGUUACAUUAUUUUUUUUAGGAUGAAGACCUCUGGCACUUAAUGAAUGAUAUUAUAAUCUGAAACAAGAGAGGUGUUAAAAUCUUAAGUUAACAGCCCUGCUGUGGUUGGUUGUACGAUAAGGGAUUACCAUUUAUCUGCAAUGGGAGUCGCUUCCUUGUUCGGUCACGUGAUGAGAGUAAGCCAUCACUAGGCUGCUACACACAACAAAAGAUAACAGCUGAUCUGCCAUUAAUUUUUAAGAAAAAUGUUCGUCUUCAUCAGUGCUUCCCCAAUGUCAUGUUACUUAAAAAUUUUACCUUUCAAAAUAUUCUGGCAUACACGUGUUUUUUUUAAAAUGAAAUACAUAAAUGUGACAAUAAAUAUACGUCAGUUAUGAUUAAAGGAAGAAAAUUAUUUCAAGAAAAAUUUGUGAGCGAUAAUCGAUGGGAACUUGAGCUCCGUGCCCAUGACGUCAUUUGCAUGUUUAUUUAAUAUUUGUGUAGGAGUCUUUCCUCUUUGUUUAUUUUAUUGUUAAUCAUCAUUGGACGAAAUGUCGACAUACCCAUGACGUCAUUUGCGUGUUUAUUCAAUAAUUGUUCGACGAAGGAAUAUUUUAAUAACCGGUUGGAACAAGAUUUCAUGUGAAUAAUUAACGAAGGUCCACUUUGUCAAGCCAUUGUCUUAAAUUUUCUUUAUCCUUAAGUGGAAACUUAUGCAGACUUAUACCGCUGUCCUUAACUUGACUGUUUGAACAGCCAAAAACCGAACAUUGCCUAGGCAUCUUGAAUUACUAGUUGUAGUGUGUAACUGACUACUGGUUGUCAAGCACUGUGUUGUAUACUGCCUCCCGGAAGUCUUACUCGUAUUUACUGUCAUCACGUGAUAAAACAAUGGACUAAGCGACUCCCAUUAAUCAACUCUAACCUCUAGCUAGAAGAUAGUGACGCAAGGAAUGGGGAAGCUUGAAAUAUGACGACACGAGAAUAAGAAUAGAAUAUUUCGGCACUAACAUUGAUUGCGAACUCCACACGGGGGACGUCAUUUGGGAAUGGCAGGGUGGAGAAUUGGCCCCCUUCCCCUGAAUUUGCAGUUUCUAUUUAAAUUGCUAUGUACUGUGGGGCCUACAGUAAUAAAGCCCCCAACCCCCCCCCCUCCCAUGAAAAUCCUGAAAUGACGUUAUUGCUCCGAACAUUUAAGUUAUUAACCUGUUUUCUAUUUCUUGUUGUUUCUCCAUUUGCCCUGUCUGCUGGCGAAGGCUCUUGGCCGAAACGCUCUUCUUUCUUGUCAUGACUUUAGAUUCAAGCGUCCACAUACCUUGUUCUACUAUUUCCUUCACGCAGCUUGAACGCAGUCCUUCACUUAUUAACUCUUCUAGAAAUCUGGGGAUAUUGCACAAACAGUGCCAACUACGGCUGCUUCAGAGAAGGACAGUAUGGCCUCCUGCCUCCAAUCAUGUCUGGCAAAAUCAUGAGUAUACCCACCCUGAGGUACGGCAUUGUCGAAGUUAGAGCCAAGAUCCCCAAAGGAGACUGGAUUUGGCCAGGUAAACAGACAACACUUUUUCUUGAUGCUUCUAUUUGUCACCUUUAGUUAAUUCAGAAACAAAAUUUUGCAAGAAUUAUAUUUUAUUUUUUUCAAGAGUAAAGCAUUGAUUUACAAAGAAAGCUGCAGAUGACUUUGAUUUGAUUCACAUCAAACAUUUGGUUUCAGCUUUAAAUUGGAAAAAAAAUAUAUAUAUUAAAAAAUGAACGAUAGCCCUUUUUCAAAUGAUCAGAUCUUAAACUUUGGCUAGGGAUGCAUCGUAAAAGGGUGAGUUCUGUUAACCACAGCCUAAUAUAAACACUUCAUUUUUACAUUGAUGUGUCCGCAGCCAUUUGGAUGCUACCCAGAGACAACGCUUAUGGUGACUGGCCUCGUUCUGGUGCAAUUCAAAUCAUGGAAUCCAGAGGCGAGAUUUUUUAUAGUUUUGAAGUGAUUGAGCUUGUCAUUGGUUUAAGAUUACAAUGUGUUCCUUGUUAUUUUUUUUUUAAAGUGUGUGUGUGGGGGGGGGGUGGAUUUUAUUGUGAUACAGGUAUCUAUAUGUAUAUACACGAGUGCUGGGUUGCCGAGUUGUCUAAAGUGAGCUAUUCUCAAGUCUCGAGUUCACCACCAAACGCCCAGACAAGCAAAAUAAUCACCAGCACUCCGGGUGGAUGGGACUCGUUAACCUUGGACAGCGACUCAUCUAAGAGAAGGAAAAGUUGGAUUCCCGUAGGCUAUCGAUAACAUUGGCACAAUGAAACAUUCCGACAACUCCUGUGACGCCACUGGUGACAAGGUGUAUCCCUUGGGUUAUCCAGCGGCGUGGAGGGAGGCGAUUUGCUGUUGGGAACCAGCUUGUAAUCCUAGAAGAAUAAUCCCAGGGCCUGUGGAUUUUAUCACAUUGUGACGGACGGAUGCCAGAAAAAAAAAUUGUUAAAGAAGGACUAAUUCAUUUACUGUGCGUUGUUUUAAAGUAAACUACGAACAUUUUACAAAUUCAGUGUUUUCUUUAGAUUUGUAAUAUGCCUUACACUCAGUAGAUGUUGUAUCGCGCCCAUUUUUAUGUUGUUACAAAGAAUAUUUAUAUUUCUGUUCACCGAGAAAUGUCCCGUGCUUACCGCAGUCCAUCCACAAUGGUGUUUGCUAUCCACAUGUCAAAUGUUGAUGUCGUACCCACAGGUAACAACGGUGACAUUGGUGUUGGUACUGUCACCAGUACACUUCACUGGGGACCAGACACCAGGACCAACAGAUAUACACUUACAACAGGUGGACAGUAAGUAUAUCACUAUAGCUAUACUCUAUUUAGGGAGAUUCCACUUUAGUUGGAGCAUUCAAACUUAGAUCCUUUCUGGUGAAUUUGGAUUGUGAGCGCAGUACCCCAUCCUUUUGGCAUUGAGACAGCCUUACAGUUAGUCCUACAGACAGUCCUACAGACAGUCCUACAUAUAGUCCUACAGACAGUCCUACAGACAGUCCUACAGUUAGUCCUACAGAUAGUCCUACAGUUAGUCCUACAGACAGUCCUACAGUUAGUCCUACAGAUAGUCCUACAGAUAGUCCUACAGAUAGUCCUACAGAUAGUCCUACAGACAGUCCUACAGUUAGUCCUACAGACAGUCCUACAGUUAGUCCUACAGAUAGUCCUACAGUUAGUCCUACAGACAGUCCUACAGUUAGUCCUACAGAUAGUCCUACAGAUAGUCCUACAGACAGUCCUACAGUUAGUCAUACAGACAGUCCUACAGUUAGUCCUACAGAUAGUCCUACAGUUAGUCCUACAGACAGUCCUACAGUUAGUCCUACAGACAGUCCUACAGACAGUCCUACAGACAGUCCUACAGAAGUCCUACAGACAGUCCUACAGCCCACCCGUAGCUCUAUUUUAUUUAUUUUUACCUGAUUUCAACGGUCACGGAUGAAGCACGUCUCGUGACGGCUUUAUUUUCUCACCCUGUACUAGUGAUAUAAAACAUGUUGAGUAGGGGGAGGGCCCGUUGUGAAAAGGAAGCAGGACACACCAGAAGCGAUAAAUAUAUCUAUAUAUAUAUCUAUCUAUAUAUAUAUAUAUAUAGACUGGGUGGCCAAAUGGUCUAAACUGAGCAAACCUCAAGUUGGUGGUCUGGUGUUCAAGUCCAGCCAAAGGCCAGUCAACCCAAAACAUCACCCCGGGUGGAUGAGACUCGUUAACCUUGGUCGGCAACUCGUCUAAGAGAAGGAAACUCUGACUUCAAACCCGGAGUAAGGCGCAAACAAUGACAAUUCCUGCAACCGAACCCAUCCCUGGUCGUCUUGACGUAGAGUAUUGCCACUGGAUAUGGUGGGCUCGGACGAGAGAGUGAGGUAGACGCCGCGCAACUCUUCUUCACUUUAAACAAAGUCACCCGCGCAAGUCAUCAGUCACCAGACGACUAGACGGUCCUCGUCGAUCUUCGACGGACGAACAAUAUAUAUAUAUAUAUAAGAGACAUAUUGAAGCCAUGCAAUUACUUUGUUAAUGACAUUCGUAACGACAAAAUGUAUGCUUGAUAGUGUUCUACUUGAACCAUGCAUAUGAUUUGAACCCAUUUUGACAUACUUGUGUGCUUUUGUCAGGAAAAGUCCGUCAUGGCAUGAUGAGUUCCAUGUUUAUAAACUGGUGUGGACACCUGACGCGUUAGAGUAAGUCUAUAAAUAGAACAUUGAUGUGCCUUCUUGCUCUCUUCUUUUUGUGUUCUCUUUACUUCUGUCAGCUUUUACAGUGGGGGGGGGGGCGUCCAGGGCAGGCCGCGGGGGGAGGCAUCGAAGGGAUGUAGUGUGGGGGAGGUAAAGUUGAGGAAUAGCCACCAAAAAAGGGGGGAGGGGGCUGCUGGAGGUUCAAGUAGUUCAGUGUAUGCUGAACGUAACCAUUGUUUUUUUUUGUUCCCUGUCCCUGAGUGUGGGCAGUUGUAUUCUUGCACUGCAAGAUGCGCGCUGAACAGCGAAGUAAGGAUAUCAACUAAUAUGAAUCAAUUCAUGCAACAUAUAUUUUUCAUUCAAUUUUAAUAUCCUCAUAUUUGAAUUGAUUCAUAAUAGUUGUGUUCCUUAAAAAGGUUUGUAUAAUAUAAACAAGAAUAAGUAUAUAUAUAUAUAUAUAUCACCAGAAUGCCAAAUGAAAUUGAAUGUAUAGUUGGAACUGACAAGCUAAAAAUGUUUCUAUUUUUUUUUUUUAAUUGUAACGUGUUUAACAGAACCUUUGUUGAUGACGUCAGAAUUAUGGAGGUGAGCCCUGGGGUCAACUUCUGGGAGAAGGGCGGAUUCACCGGUACAAACAUCUGGGCAGGUGGUGAGAAGAUGGCGCCUUUCGACAAAGACGUAAGAGACCCUAGCUUUACAGAGUACUUAUGUUUAAUGUGGGAUUACCUUACUAAAAUACCCGCUCCAGUUCUGUUUAUGACAAAUUUUUUGUUAAAUCCAACUCUGCUCCUUCUAAGCUCCUUCUAUGUUCCACCUAAGCUCCUUCUAAGAUCCACGUAAGCUCCUUCUACGAUCCAUCUAAGCCACUUUUAAAAUUCAUCUAAGCUCCGUCUAAGACCCAUUUAAGCUCCAUUUAAUUUCGAAGCUCCGGCACAAUGAAAAAAAAAAAUUUUUUUUUUAAAAUAAGCUUGAUCUAUUUAUAAGCCGUAUUAAGUAUAAUCACCCCUUGGCAAAUUUAUUGGUUAUCUGUCCUUGUCCUUAAUGAUCAAAUAAGUCUUGUGGUUCUCUUUCUUGCCAAACGAUUAAUUUAUCAACCAAGUUAAAUUACAGUUAAUUCCACGAUGUCACAAAGUGACGAAUAGGAGUGUAAUACUUUCAAGUUUUUGAAGAAAUGUGUGGAUUAUUUUCAGACACCAAUCUUGUUAACCAGGCAUUUUGAAAUGCAUGUUCCAGCACGAUAGCUGGUAGAAGAGUGGGGCAACAUAGCUGGUAGUAGAGUGGGGCAACAUAGCUGGUAGAAGAGUGGGGAAACAUAGCUGGUAGAAGAGUGGGGCAACAUAGCUGUACAAGAGUGGGGCGACAUAGCUGUUAGAAGAGUGGGGAAACAUAUCUGGUAGAUUUUUUUUACCAGCUCCGAGCAAAAUGACCCUGUCCCGGAGCUCUAGAGCCACAUCAGUGGGUUUUUAACGUCAAGGCAAAUAUAGAAAUAUUUCGGCGUAAAAUAAGUAAAUUUCAAAAUAACAACUGAUAAUAUUUUCACAUUAAUUUCUAUUUUCUGAUCUUUAUUAUAUUCCCACUCUUCAAUUCUACACAAUCUUUGCAUUCUCCCCAUGCAUCAGUUCUACAUGAUCUAUGUUUCCCCCCCCCCGCCCCCACUCUUCAGUUCUACUUGAUCCUCAACGUCGCUAUUUCUAUUUUCUGAUCUUUAUUAUAUUCCCCCUCUUCAAUUCUACACAAUCUUUGCAUUCUCCCCAUGCAUCAGUUCUACAUGAUCUAUGUUUCCCCCCCCCCCCCGCCCCCACUCUUCAGUUCUACUUGAUCCUCAACGUCGCUGUUGGUGGCGUCAAUGGUUACUUCCCUGACUACUUCAACUACGGAGUCAAGAAGCCAUGGGCGAACAACUCUCCGCGUGCCGCUGAAGAUUUCUGGAACGCGCGUAACGAUUGGCUGCCGACCUGGCAAGGGGAUGAGACGGCCAUGUUGAUUGACUACGUCGAGUUCAGAAACUUGUAAAAAUGUAUUCAACGUACUUAUUGUUUUUUUUGGAAAUAAAACCACAACAAGACUCUUUAAAAAGUUUUUGCAAGUAUUUUCAAAAAAAAAAAAGUAAAUUUAAAUUGAAUUCGUAAAACUUAAAA